UGAAGAAGCUAUUGUCGAUAGAAAAAUGUCGAUGAUUCUUCAUUGUCGUGUCUGAGAAUAGUCUAGGAUACCUUCUUUGGUGCAUUCAUAAAAUAAUCCCAUGAUUUGUGCACCAUCAUGCAAAAUUUUAACCUGUGGAGUACUGGUGACAUCAUAUUUGUGAUCACAUGAACGAUUUUUAUUGGCCACGUGUUAUUACAAAGAUAUUGGUUUACAAGUAGUGAUUAAGCUCAUAAAUAGAAUAUCUGGAAUUGAUGUAAAUUCACAGUAAAGAAUGAGUAGAAGUCUACAUAUUCGAUUUGAUAAUAUCAAUGUUGACGGAUUUGAGAUUAUUGACGCUUGUCUACCAUUAUUUGAAUCUAUAACGCAAGAUGUGAAGAAAGUUGACGAAGGAAAGAAAAAGAAAAUCAAAGCCUACUACAAACAACUACAAACAUCAUUCAAUAAAGUUUGUAAAGGAAACAACAUCAUAUCGUUGAAUAGUGUUUUCGAGUAUUUUGAAGGUGAAAACAUACCUAUAACAUUAUACGAAAAACAUCAUUACGCUCAAUGUGAGAGAUUAGGGGUUGCUAAAGCAUAUAAAGAUUCAUUACAUCCAACUAUACAACUUGUUAUGGUGCGUGAUAAGAUGAUCGAUGCGAAGAAUCGGAAUGCUUCUUUGCUUGAUUUCUUUUUAAUGACGCACAUGUACUUAUACAAAAUUCGGUGCAAACUUAUUCAUAAUAAGCGGAUACGAACACUUGAACGUAUAUUUUUACGAUGUGUGGAUGUUAGCUAUUUGCUUCAGCACGAUUCAAGGUUCUAUCAAGCAUUAAUAUUUUUUCGGGAUCAAUUAUAUGAAAAUACAUUUUUCCAAAAUGUAUUUGAAGAUUUUGGUGACAUUCCCAAAGACUUUAAUGUACAUAUGUUUGACGAAUUUAAUAAAAAUUGGAUUGAGGAUGUUAUCGAUACUAAUAACAGGCUAAAAAUUAGAUUACAAAAAAGUAAUUUACAUGAAAUGACUGCCAUAGAUGUGACAUGUGAGGACUCCAUAUCUUUACAACAUGAAACAUUUACAGACACAAUCCCAACCGUAGUUAUGGCGCAGUUACAACAUACAGACACAACCCAAACAUUAGAAAGACAACGACCGUAUCGACAUAGAAAUAGAAAACAAAAUACACCUAUCGAAACACUACAACAAGAUGUUGUUCCUGAUAGUAGUAGCGAAGAUGAUGAAACAAUGGAUAAAGAGCGGGAAGAACAAAACACAGAAUCUAUAGGUGAAGAGCCUAUGGCUAUAGCCCCACCCCCAAAUUUAUUCGAACCUAUUGAAGAAGUGAGCAUGGGUAUGCCUUCACUUGAAAAUACUGAAGGAGAGGCUACAUCUGUCAUCAAUAACGAAAACCAAACAGAAUUACAAUCUGCUAUGCUUGAAACGGUAAAUAUUGAAAGCGGGUCUAUAACUACACCCGGGUUAGAAGCACCAAGUAGUAACACAUACGAAGAGAUAAAUAAUAGCGAAGCGACAAUCAUUGAAAACGAGCCCCCAUCUGCUACCGAAUCCUCUGAAGUAAUAGAUAUUGAAGAUGAUACUCCUCCUUGUAAGCGAGCAAAAACCUCCCUCCCUAUGGGGACAAGUGAGUCAGAUUCAAAUGAAGAAGAGCAAAAUAUUACAGAAAGAAAUUAUGCAGCAGAUCAAAAUGGUAUAGAAACAACACGCCUGGAAAAUGAAAAUAAUGCAGAAACGAUGCAAUCAGAAAAUGGAAAUACUGUAGAAACGCUGCACUUAGAAAAUGAAAAUAAUGCAGAAACGAUGCAAUCAGAAUGUUGGUCAGUUUAUUGUUCCUCACUUCUAGGGCCAUGAAUAUAAAACAGCGAGGAUGAGCUUUGGGUCCAAAUUAAUUUACAUAACAUCACACGGCACGCAAAUUCAAAAAUGAAAUUCAACAAAUUACAUUUCUCCUGUUACCUCCAUUUAAUAAAUAAAAUAAUAGUCGGCGGCUUGCUGCUUUCCAUUUUUCAAAAGGCGAACGAAUUUCGCAAUAUUGCAUAUAUGUAUAAAGUGUUGUUUCUCUAAUUUUAGUCACUUUAAAAGAUUGUUUAUGUCAUUUUCUAAGAUAAACAACUCUCUAACAUUAUCAUUACCGUAUUAACCAAUAAGAUUGGGCAAUUGGAGACAGAAGCAGUGGAGGGCGUGUGUGAGUCAUAUACAUAUUUAAUAAUGUAAGAUAUAAAUCAUGUAAUGAUAUUGAAGAAGCUUUUGUCGAUAGAAAAAUGUCGAUGAUUCUUCA